AUGGGAGAUGUAACCGAGCUCCUGGCUUCUCUUGUAAACGAUCCGGAUCCAAUACGUCAAGCUGGAGUCGGUCUACAUGCAACCUCCUCUCCAUCGUCCUUCACAGCAAUCAACACGAGCAUUAUUACCAACACCGCUAUCAAGAGAAAUACGUCUGAGCCUCGCAGGUCGAACAAAAAGCCAAAGACAGCAUUCGAUCUCAACAAAGAACACAAUGGACCAGAUACGGCUCUCAAUCCUGAGCCUCUUCACCAGAUUGAUGCCAUGACUACAAUAUCCUCUUCAGGGACGAGAUCUGCUACCGUUAUUUCGUCUUUUACUUCAAAUGUCGACCCCAAGCGUAAACCCAAAACCGGCAGACACAGCAAAGGAAAGGCCGCCAAAGAAGAUCUUUCCUCAUCACGCAAGUUCUUGGAAAGCACAGCCUUUGAGACUGGAUCAGCAGCUGCUGCGGAAGAAAAGACAACAAUCGAGAUACACAAAUCGGCAAAGGAAGCAGAAUGGCAGUUAUUUCAGCACGGACUGGGUUGGCAUGAGGGACGCGAUCCUUAUGGUCUAGCUAGUCAACCGUAUCAUUGGUGGGAAGAACUAGUACCUUGGUGGGUGUGCAGAAUGUGCAAAGAAGAGGAUGAGAGAACGAGGGAAGGUGGUGCAUGGCUGUCGCAAGGCUGA